AUGAAGGUCCUCCUCGACGUUGGUAGAGCCACCGGAAUGACGAGCUAUCAAGACUGUGUUAAGCUGUAUAUGGGAUCUGCUAGUUGCCGCGUGGUUGAAAGUGUAUUGUUUUUGGACUGUUUUGGGGCGACUGCGGCUUUCAUGAACUUCAUGUUCGAUUUUAUAUUGAUGUUGUUGGUGUCGACAUUUUUGCCAUUGGAUAGGGAGUUGCCGAAUCCUACUGUGAAACGGUCGAAUGAUAUGAUCCUUUUGGCCACCCUCUGUAUGCUGUUCGCCUAUGGAGCUGUUGGCACGUUGGGAUAUUAUUUGUGGGGUGAAGGGCUGCUCAUCGCGAAGGACGGAGCUGAUGUGAGUAUUGAGAAUAGGUUGAGUGCACGCUGGAGAGGGGGUAUUAUCGUGUUGGCCGUCAACCUCAAUUCUGGCUACCAUAGCGAGAGUAGCGAUGACGCCAAUGCUGAUAAUGUGUUCGGUGCUGUGUUUGAACCCUGCUCGGGAGAAUAUGUUGAGGCUGAUGUUGGCAGCUGUACCAUCGAUGGACGUUACUACGUGUGA